AUGGAUUGGAAAACGCUGCAGGCUCUGCUCAGUGGGGUCAACAAGUACUCCACAGCCUUCGGCCGCAUCUGGCUCUCCGUGGUCUUCGUCUUCCGCGUGCUGGUCUACGUGGUGGCAGCCGAGCGGGUGUGGGGAGAUGAGCAGAAGGACUUUGACUGCAACACGCGGCAGCCGGGCUGCACCAACGUCUGCUACGACCACUUUUUCCCCAUCUCCCACAUCCGCCUCUGGGCCCUGCAGCUCAUCUUUGUCACUUGCCCUUCCCUCCUGGUCAUCAUGCAUGUGGCCUACCGGGAGGAUCGCGAGAAGAAGAACCGGGAGAAGAAUGGGGAGAAUUGCCCCAAGCUCUAUAGCAACACGGGCAAGAAGCACGGUGGGCUGUGGUGGACCUACUUGUUCAGCCUCUUCUUCAAGCUGAUCAUAGAGAUUCUGUUCCUCUACCUCCUCCACAAGAUGUGGGACAGCUUUGACUUGCCACGGCUGGUCAAGUGCUCCAAUGUGGACCCCUGCCCCAACACUGUGGACUGCUACAUUGCUCGGCCAACUGAGAAAAGAGUCUUUACCUAUUUCAUGGUCGGAGCCUCCUCCAUCUGCAUCAUCCUCACUGUCUGUGAGAUCUUCUACCUCAUCUUCAAGCGGGUUGUGCGGAACGCACGGAGGUGGAGGAAGUCCACCAAGCGCUCCGUCAGCUACAGCAAGGCCUUUCAGUGCCACCUCAAGACAGAGGAGAAGGACAACAAAUCCCAGACUAGGUGUGUGACAGCCCUGCGAGCCUCGGCUCCCAACCUGACCGCUGUCUGA